UCAUUCUCUCUCUCUUUUUGUCAUUUUCCUUUCAUUUUUUUAAGAAACAAAGCAAGAAAAGUCAUUAGCAUUAGGUGAGGAAGAAAAAAAAGAAUGGAAGUUUUGAAGAAGAAGAUAAACUAACCCAUCAACACAGACUUGCACUGCUUUUUCUAUCAUAAACCCAUCAGAGUUCACAAAAAUGAUGAACUUCCUCUUCAUAGAGGCAGUUAAGUUAUGUUGUUAUGAUCCAAAAGAGCUUUAGAAUUCCUUAUGAGUAGUUUAUGAUGGUACCCUUUUCUGCUAUGAUCCAUAUGGGUCACCACGUAGCAUAUAAAUCUUAGUAUUCUUUGUCAUCUUGUUUAAAACUAGUGUUUUUCAGCUACGAAACUAUGCUCCACGUGAUAAUUCUCAUCUGGGUCAUCUCUGUAAGCAGCUCAGAAGUUAUAGGAUCAAUCAACUCAUACUGCCCACAUCAUUAUCUUCAGCAAUUUGAUCGAAAAUUUGAGGUGAAAACAGAGAGAUUUUGGAAGUUCCAAGAGGAAUCAAACAGGUGGGUUGAAGUUAAACUUCCUUACGAUCUUAUCUCUUGUAGAAAUGGGAAUUGUACCAAGGUUGGUGAGAUUAAUAACGGAGAAGAGAAGAUGGAGAAUGGAUAUGAUGGUUUCGACCGGACCGAGAACCCGAAAAACGAUAGGGAAGUAGAGGUUGCACAUAAGGUUGAUGAUGAUUUGCCUCUGAGAAAAAGAGUGUCAUUGACUAGAGUUUCAGAUAUGUCCAUUUGGGUCACUGGUGAAAGUGGGUCAAUCUAUGAGAGGUUUUGGAAUGGAAUUCAAUGGGUGAUUGCUCCUCAUGAUUUGCCGAUAUUAGCAGGUCCUGCUAUCUCCAUUUUUGCUGUUAAUCACUCAAUUCUGGCUCUGUCAGAAGCAGGGGUUUUGUAUCAGUUUCUGCUCAGUGAAAGUUCUCAAUCAGUUUGGUUUGAGUUAAUACCAUCAUUUGAUCAAACAACUAGUGAAGAACAUGCUGCUUCUUCAAUCCAAUUAUUGGCUGGUGUUGUUUCUCAUGAUGGAAUGAGAGUUUAUUUCAAUACAAGGAAUGGAAACCUGCUGGAGCUAACUGAGCUUGAGCCUCCAAGAUGGGUAGAUCACGGGAAGCCUCGUGAUGCCGAUGUUGCAGCGAUAGCAGACGUUGCUAGUUUCAGAACAGAGAUUGUGUAUACCAUAAGCUCUGUGGGAGAUCUCUAUGAAUAUGAUAGGAGCUCAAAGCCACUGUGGAAGAAGCAUGUAUCUAAAGACGGAGAGGCACGAGAUUUCCGUUUGAUGGCGUCGUCGGGAUGCUAUCGACAUAGCUUGAAUGGAGAUCAUUCCAUAUAUCUCUUUCUUUUAACUAAGGAUGGUAAUUUGAUAGAAAGAAGAUUGCACAAAAGGAAGUGGAAAUGGUUAGUCCAUGGAAGACCAAAUGAUCAUAAACUGGCAUCAGUUUUACCAGCUCUGCAAGACGAAUCAAAUGGGAAAGUUUUCUCGUUGUUUCUCACCACGUCUUCCGGUUUCGUAUUUGAAUAUCGAACGAAUGGUUAUCCAGCAGGUCAUGGUCAGGAAGAAGAAACACCAGAUGUUUGGGUAAACCAUAUGCAUCCCUUGAAUGCAAAAGCUGCAAGAGGUAUUAGCGGUUUACAGAUCCAAGUUGGACGGUUAUUGUUUGCGUUGGACGACGGUAGGCUCGGGGAGCUUCAUCUUGCAGGACUAGGUGGUGAAAAUUCAGGGCCAACUCAUCAAACUACUUCAAGAAGAAAACCAACAGGUAAGUAUACAUGGUCGAUACUCGAUGCACCAGAGUCAGAGGGGUGGAAUAGAGAGUAUUGUACGGAACUCCGUGGACCGACAAACUGCAUUACAGGAACGAAAGACGAUAUAAGCGAUCAAGGGACAAGAAGAUCAGCAAAAAGAAGAGCAAAGGGAAGCCAACCACAACAAAACUACUUAAUACCAGGACAAUCAGAGAGUAUAUCUGAAAAAUCAUCUAAUAGUUUCUAUCUUCUCGCUGAAAACUGGACGAAGAACAGCUUCCGUCUUCGUGCAAUGCACGGAGGAAGAUCGUUCUUCCUCAUAACAGUCGAUGGCUUGAUGUUUGAGUACCUUUACACUGGAGAUGUAUGGGUGUGGCUGAGGCAUGAGAGCCCAACUCAUAUCAAAGGUGCAGUUGGUAAUUACAACGGAAGUUUAUACGUUGUCGAUACGUAUGGUAGUUUGCUGAUUAGAGAAAGAAGCAGCCAAGAACUGGCAUGGACAAACUGCAGUGCUUUUAGAAGAGGGAAACAAGUCAUUGGAGGUGCUCCUUGGGAUAAGUUCAUAGCUCAGUCUAUGAGGGUCACACCAGAAGAUGCACUUUUCUUUACCAGCAAAACAGGAAGAUUGCUCCAAUUCACAGUUGCACUGAGGAAAUUCAAGUGGAAAGACUGCCGAAAUCCUCCGAACGCAAAAGUUGCAAGCAUUAUAGAUCAAGAAACGUUCAGGGAAAACAUAGUGUUCGUGAUCGGAACAAACGGUCGACUAUAUCAGUACAACAAAGUGACGGAGUUGUGGCAUGAACAUCAUCAAUCUCAGCAUCUACUUCUAUCAAGAUUGCCAGGAAUAGCAACCAGACCAUCACCAUACUCUCUUAUAGGCUCACUGUUUAUGAUCUCUGAAGAUGGUGGCCUCAUUGAAUAUCAUUGGAGUUCUUGGGAUGGUUGGAACUGGGUGGAGCAUGGAAGACCGUACAGAGGCGUGACGUUGGUCAGCACGCCCGGGCCGUGCUUUGAAGGUAAUCAACUGUUUCUUAUUGGUUCAGAUGGGAGAGUAUACCUCAGGUAUGUUGAUCAAGACACAUGGAAAUGGAGAAAUUGUGGCUUCCCACAUCAGUUUGAUAGAGAUGGGAUGGGACAAAUUUGUGUUGAUGAAGAGCUUACAAUGGAGAGAGAUCCUGAAGAUGUGAAGGAUAAUGAGGAAAACUAUGGCCCAAAGGUUUCUUCCACUAAACCAAUUCAGUUUUCUGAGGAUGCUGUCAUUUUUGAGCUAAGGGAUGGUAGGUUGGCAGAAAUGCGACAAAUGGAGGACUCGAACUGGAUUUGGUCUCGGAUUAUCGACACUCCGACGAGCUCAUGCAUUGCAGAUUACUGGACAGCUUUGGCAUCAUGAAAACUAAUGCAAAGCUACAAAUGGUUGAAGCAUUUAUAGGCAAAAAAGGCUCAAGAGUCUAAGCUUAUAAAAUGUAAGCAAAUGCUAUGCCCUUCCCAUUCCCUUGCCCUUGUUUAAAUCAAAUAUUAAUAUUAAGGGAAUGAUAUUCCAGUUGAAUUGUUUA